UAAAACCAAAUGCGUCACACUUCAUUCUUACGGGAACAGUUUACUCUGCUGUGUACUUGGCAUAUAUAAGUGAAAUAACAGGAGAAUAGUGACCACAGAGGAAUAGUGCCAGCUAACGUUUGCUUCAUUUUGAGUGCAGUCAAGAAGUCACUUGAGUUUUCAACCGACAUGGGACACCACGGCUCCAAAUCCUCAGUUGAAGCCCGCGUUAUUUUCCAGCCUUCUUGUCCAGAGGACAUGAGCCUAAAAGCGCAACCAUUCUCCACCCCGUCCUCGACUCCGUCCUCCGUUGUGCGCAUUCAGAGGAAGGUGCCCUCUCCGGCAACCUGUAUUCACCGUUCUGCCCGGACCGCAGAGAAAUCCUCACCCCACUCCUGGCCCCUGAGUCGCCGUGACCCAGAGGGACUGGUGUACGUUAUGGAUAACCCAACUGGCGGCGUGUGGGUGAAACAGAGAGAAAAAUGGACCAGAUCCUGAUGAGAAGAGAAAUCUUCCCUUUGGAAUGCAGAGGAUUUUACCGGAAGAAUCAGUCGAGCUUUGACUGAAUAAUACCUUUCUAUUCAGGUGCCUUUAAUUCGGGUUCCCUAAAGCUGAUGUGCAGCUACACAGCACCGCGUGGAGCUUGGGGCGAGCGUGAAGGCCUGCUUGACUCUGGGGAGCAGGUUGUGCACCGAUCAUUGCGGUUCUUGAAGUAAACCUGUGUGUUUAUCGUUUAUAAUACCAGGUUAUGGAGAAGAUGGUCACUCGAAAGCCAAACACUGGACAUUGAGAGACUUUAAUUUAGAAACUCUGUGCCACACGUGUUGAUACAGCAAUGUGUUGUUUAUCUGUAAUGCAGUGAUCCACUAGAUUUAGCAAUGGAUUACAUGCAACAAUUUGAUUAAAAUAUUCAAUGUUUUAUAUAUCUAAAAAAAAUACUUUAAAACAGUUAGAGAAGUCUGAAUCAAGUCAGUUAAAGUGCUGGAUCCACUUUGAAUCUGACUUGAGCUUUAUUUAUUUUUCCUCUCUAUUUGUUUAUUUAUUGAUAUUCUUUGCUAGAACAUUGAAAAGAAAAAAACGUUGAUACCAUUUUCUAUUCAUUACAGUUUUAUAUUUAAGUCUGAAUGUAUUAACGUGAGAAUUGGUACUGAUUCACACUUAUUAAACUCAGUCCAUGUGUUUUUUUUUUUUAUUUAAUUGUUAUCAUUGUGUAUAUUUCAAAUUUUUUGCAAAAAGAUGUGGACUGCCAGACACCAGUGUUUACAUCCAACAUUUGUCCCCAAUUGUUUGCACUAAAACGAGUCAGCGUUUCUUACUUAAUUUAUAAUGUUUCAACUGCCUAACUUGAUUUAUUACUUCAGCAGGGAAAGGCGUAAACAUCUGCAUUCUUGUAUUGUGAUGGUGACCUACUGUCUACAUGGAAAAUAUGUCAUCAUCAAAUGGAUAUUUGACUGAACCAGUGUUGAGAGUGGAUUUCUUUAGUUUAUUGUUGUCUUAUCUCUCCAUGGUCACAUGUUUUCUGACAUGGGAGUUAUGGCUUACUGCCCAGGGAGCCUGUCCAUCAAAGGGCAGCUCAUGUACUUGGAAAAAAGACUAUAGGGCUGUUUAAUCUGACUGCACACCAAUAGUGGUUAGAAUUGCUGAAGUUGGUGUCCAAUAUACAGGUUCUCAUUUUGGAGCUAAAUUAAAGGACUGUUUUAAUAUUUUUAAAGGAAUUUGGACUAGGUUUUUAAACAACAGCUGUUAAACAUAUGCAAUAUUUAAAUUGAUCAUACUAUAAGUGGAUUAUUCUCCACUACACGAUUUAAAACAUAGUUUGAGAUUUAUGAAACCUUAACCCGAUUUUGUACAAAAUGAACACCCAAAAGGAGCGUGUUCAGUUGUUUAUAUUAGUAUUAGGACCACAUUGGAUAGAGACAAGUUGGAAAACACUCAAACCUGAAAUGAUUGCUGAUUGUUAAAAUUAUUUUCGAUUUGUGAAGUUCAAUAUUAUUCUGUGGAAUCACAAAGGAACAAGAAAAGGGAGUCUUACACAGAGUGCCAUUUAUUCAACACCCGUCACUGCCUGUUAGGUAAAUACCACCUGGAAGGUUCCCAUGAAAAUGUGCUGUUUAUAUUGUAUUGAAUCAUAUCUUCAUCAGUAGGCUGUAUGUGAGAUAAAGGAUUACAUGUGGAAGGAUUGUCAAGAGUGAUGUUUCUUUCUGGUUGGUGGAAACAUUGUAGGACUCUGAAUAAAGGUGAGAUGAAACUUUGCCCCCGUCUCAUCGCGCCUUAUCAGUGUACAGUGAAUCAUAGUCAGCAUGGAUAUAAUGGCUUAUCUAUUAAACUCCGGGCAACACACUGUGCAAACACGUUGCAUCCCUCACACGAAUACAGCGUCUGCGUGAAUCCACGGCGCCAUGGGCCACCUGAUGUCCAGACAACCACAAGUUCAGGUCCUUCUCCUCGGUCUGGACAACGCCGGCAAAUCCACCCUCCUCUACAAACUGAAGCACAACGUGAGCGUGUCCACCGUCCCGACCAUCGGCUUCAACGUGGAGACGCUGGACGCCAGGAAGAACAGGAAGAACAUCGCCGUGACCAUGUGGGACGUCGGCGGUCAGGGGAAGAUGCGCGAUCACUGGAAGGAGUAUUACCAAAGCGCGGCGGCCGUCGUGUUCGUGGUGGACGCGUCCGACGUGGCGCGCUUAGAGGAGGCGCGCAGCGAGCUGGAGAAGGCGCUGCGGAGCGAGCACCUGCGGGGCUGUCCGCUCAUUCUGCUGGCCAACAAGCAGGACGUGAGCGGCGCGCUGACCGUCACGGAGAUGAAGGACAAGUUCGACAUGAGGAAGGUGUGCGCGGGUCGGGACUGGUUCGUUCAGCCCUGCUCCGGCUCGACGGGGUUUGGAGUGGCGGAGGCUUUUAGUCGAGUGGUCCAGAUGGUCAAACUCCCCUCUGAGCCUGGAGCUGUCAAGGAAAAUAUCAAAGACACGGUGCACUACCUGCGAUCUAAUAGCAAACAAUAGGUUUCGUGAUCUGCCAGCUGUCGUUUUUAACUUAUUUGCGCCAACAGCAAACUCAGCUGUCAAAUAGCCUGCAAAUCAUUGUUCAGAGCAUUUCAUUGGGUAUACACUGGAAAAAAAAAGAGUUAAAUACAUUAUUUAAAUAAGCAUAUUACAUGUUGUACAGUUGUCCAAUCUAAUUACAUAAACCACUUUGGAUUGGGUACAAAUGUUAUCCUGAACUUUUUGAUUGUAUUCAACAGAAUAAUGUGAACCAACGUCAUUGUCAGCUCCACAGAAGCGGAAACCAUUGGUUCUCUGUUGCCUAAAACAAUUAUGAGAAUAAAUAAUCAUUGUUUCAUAAACAGUUUUUUAAGCCAGUUGUUCCUAAAGUAUGAACUUGAGUACAAAGUUAGCGUUUGGGUUUACGACACCUGAUUCCUAGAAGAACCUUCAACCUGCACUGCAUCUGCAAAAACAUUUCGUCCCUGAAUUAAGUUAAAAGCUCUAGAGUCCAAGCUAAAGUGCAUCCAGGUAAACCUGCAUGAAAUGUACUACUUUUUUGUAAGAUCUUAUUGAACAAUAUACUACUGCUAUCUUUAACAGGUGUGUAAACGAGAUCUCAAUGGGAUAAAACGUGGAUAAAAUAAUGUUAUUCUUAUUUGUAUGUCCAUCAGAGAACAGUCAUGCUGAUAUUUUUGUUUGUAAUAAAAUAAAUGAGAUGUUUUUAG